ACAGAACCUCUAGGAAAAGUCUGUGAGCUCAUUGAAUGGCAGGGACCUAGUGCACCGUAAUGAGCGCCAGUACCAUCCGGGCCAUUAGGCGAAAGAAGUCAGGACUGUCGGAAGUCAAACUGGUAGUUCUAGGAGCUACGGGGGUGGGCAAAACGGCGUUAACAGUCAGGUUCCUAACGAAGCGCUUUAUUGGAGAAUACGAUCAUCAGACAGAGAAUCGUUAUAAGAAUGAAAUGAUGGUUGAUGGAGAACCAGUGAUCUUUGAAGUUUUAGACACUUGCCCAAAGGUAGAAGGUGCGUUUCCUAAAGAAGAAACACUACACUGGGCUGAUGGCUUCAUGUUAGUGUAUUCUAUAACCGACAGGAGCAGCUUUAAUUAUGUGAAAGAACUUCGACAACGUUUAAGACACAGUAUAGCCACAUCUAGCAGCACCUCAACACAUCAAAUGCCCUAUCCAGUUUUAAUUGUGGCAAAUAAAUCGGACUUAAUUCACUUGCGGCAAGUCGGCACUGAAGAAGGAGAGAUUUUUGCUAAGGAAAAUGACGACGGUUUUGCCGAAGUAUCAGCGUCAGAUCACGUAACCCAAGUAUCGGAGGCGUUUGACGCCCUCUGUCGGGAAGUCCACGCCUUCAGGAGAAGAUCUAAGCAAUCGUUACUGGACAGGAUGUUGGGAAACAAAGGAGGAAUUAAAAAUGACACUAAUAAGAAGUGAUACUUCUGUGACGUACUUUCGUGUUUUACUUGCAUGGUAGCUGGUUAACUUUUAUGUGACAUCGUCCAUCAAUUUCAAGGAAGAAACUCCGAGUUAUCAUUUGCGGAACUGUACAUCCAUCAUGGACUUUUUAUGAGUGUGAUUAUCUUGAUUUUUGUUGUAAAUACUAAAUAAUUUUGCUUUAAAGUUAUUCAUCUUUGACCCAAAUAAUCUUGUCACCGCUAAGAAAUCGAAGAGAAGGAUUUAAAGCACGAAGA